CCCCCCUCUCAACUCUAGUUUCCUACUCUCAAUUCCAAAGCCUGUAAGCCAAAACCCCUCUCUCUCUCUCUCUCUUUCUCCGAAUAGAGAAGUCUUGUUACUGUUGAAGUUUUGUUGUUGAACAUGGUAAAGGACAUGGAAGUGGGUGAAAGAGGACCGUUUUCAGCAAAGGACUACCAUGACCCACCCCCAGCACCGUUGAUUGACGCAGUAGAGUUAACAAAGUGGUCGUUUUACAGGGCUUUGAUUGCUGAAUUCAUAGCAACUCUUCUCUUCCUUUACAUCACCGUUUUAACUGUUAUUGGGUACAAGAGCCAGAGCGAAUCUGAUUCUUGUGGGGGUGUUGGUAUUCUUGGUAUUGCUUGGGCUUUUGGUGGCAUGAUCUUCAUUCUUGUUUACUGCACUGCUGGUAUUUCUGGAGGACACAUUAACCCAGCAGUGACAUUCGGGCUAUUCCUGGCCCGAAAGGUGUCAUUAGUACGUGCCAUAAUGUAUAUGGUGGCCCAAUGCCUAGGAGCAAUAUGCGGUGUUGGGCUGGUUAAGGCCUUCCAAAGCUCACACUAUAAGCGAUAUGGUGGUGGGGCCAAUACUUUGGAUGAUAACUACAGCACAGGCGUCGGAUUAGGUGCUGAGAUCAUCGGUACAUUUGUGUUGGUAUAUACAGUGUUCUCUGCCACUGAUCCUAAGAGAAGUGCUAGAGACUCCCAUGUGCCUGUGUUGGCUCCACUUCCAAUUGGAUUUGCUGUAUUCAUGGUUCACUUGGCUACCAUUCCAAUCACUGGCACUGGCAUCAACCCAGCAAGGAGUUUAGGAGCUGCUGUUAUUUACAACCAGGACAAGGCCUGGGAUGACCAAUGGAUCUUUUGGGUUGGACCAUUCAUUGGUGCAGCCAUUGCAGCAUUCUAUCACCAAUUCAUCUUGAGAGCAGGAGCUGUGAAGGCUCUUGGGUCAUUCAGGAGCAACCCUACUGUUUAAUUUUGCAGAAAAAGGAGGAAAUAAUGAAGGAAUUAAUAUUAAGUGCUUGUGAUCUGGUGGUUCCACUUAAGUCUUUUUCUACUGAGGGUCGAGGAUUAUGGAAAUUGUAGAUAAAAGUCUCUUUGAGAAAAGGGGCUUUUUUAUUAUCCCUUUUUUUUUUCUUUCUUGCUUUGUCAUUUUCAGGCACUUGGCCUUAGAUUUACUUUAAUGUUAUGAUGUUUCACUA